UGUGAGUGUGUACACAGCAGAAUAUAUAUAUAUAUAUAGUGUGUAUAAGAGCAAAAGUAAGUGCACCUUGGUCAGAAUGAGGUCACAUGACCGACACUGCAGGCUCGUGAGAUGAACUCUGAGCUCUUAAACUUCUCUCAAAUGAAACCCAGCACUUCGUAUUGAUGAUAUUAAAAAAGCAGCUCUGAUGUAGGAACUAAGUGCAGCGGAAAUCGGAACAUCUCCGUUCCUGAGCUUCAGAUGUGCCAGAAUGUAGUGGUUUUCAGUUUAAUAGCUUUACAAACACAUCAUUCUGUUCAGACCUGCUUAAUCCUGCUUCAAGUUGUUAAUCUGGUCCCAAUGUUACAGAUAAUCAAACGAGCCCAAAGGACUUCUUAUUGGGUCAUGCUACAUGUACUAAACUCAGGACUGAUCUUCAGGCAGAAGAAUCUCGCUGUGUUUUUUUUAGACUGAUCUAAAUGACGGUAUUUGAUUAAUGGAUAAUAAAACUCUCCCAAAUGACUCAUAGACUUCGACUAAAACAUUAAGGUCAUUGGUUAAACCUAUAAAUCGGUCGUGCUACAUUCACCAAACCCAGGAGUGUCCUUCAGCCUGGCCAGGUGGAGCUCAUCAGGUUUCCACACAACCCCAUCAAGCUAAGGAGCUGCAGAACUGAGGAGCUUCCGUGAGCGUUUGAUGAAGAUGGUGAAGAUGUUUCAGAUAAAAGGGCUCUGCUCUCGCUCCUCGUUCUACGUGGGCUUCCUGGUGGGGACAUGUUUCCUGUACAUGAUCCUGAACCAGGCCGUGUUCUCACACAACGUCUCGCUGAAACAUGACUCCGUGGUCCCGAGUAGUCCAGGGCAUCAAGAAAACAAGCACUGGAGGAAGGAGAAGUCUGCGCUGUAUAACAUCGACCACCCCCACCACAUCGACGAGGACGGCGUCCUGGCGGACUCCCUCUACAAGCGCGUCCGCAUUCUAUGUUGGGUGAUGACGGGCCCCAACAACCUGGAGAAGAAAGCUCGUCACGUGAAGGCCACGUGGAGCCGUCACUGCAACACCGUGGUGUUCAUGAGCUCGGUGGACGACCCGGACUUCCCUACCGUGGGACUCAACACCAAGGAGGGCCGCGACCAGCUGUACUGGAAGACCAUCCACGCCUUCCGCUACGUCCUGGAGAAGCACAUCGACGAUGCCGACUGGUUCCUCAAAGCCGAUGACGACACCUACCUGGUGGUGGACAACCUGCGCUGGGUGCUGGCAGAACACUCGCCGGACGAACCCGUGUACUUCGGGCGCCGCUUCAAGCCCUACAUCAAGCAGGGCUACAUGAGCGGCGGCGCCGGCUACGUCCUGAGCCGAGAGGCCCUCAAGAGGUUCGUUCAGGGCUUUCAAACCAAAAUGUGCACCCACACGUCCUCGGUGGAGGACCUCGCCCUGGGACAGUGCAUGGAGAAAGUAGGCGUGGUCCCUGGAGAUUCCCGGGACACGCUCCAAAGAGAGACAUUCCAUCCCUUCGUUCCAGAUCAACACCUCACUGCUAAAUUCCCUAAGAGCUUCUGGUACUGGAAGUACGGCUACUACCCCAUCGUUGAGGGUCCUCAGUGUUGCUCGGAUCUGGCCGUGUCCUUCCACUACGUCAACGCUCAGAACAUGUACCUGCUGGAGUAUUACACCUACCACCUGCGUGCCUUCGGCUACAGCUACCGCUACCAGCCCCCGGAGCCUCGCCUGGACCACCAGUCACACGAAGCAGAGGAACACCCCCAUCCUGAACGUCCUGGAGAUCCUAACGAUCCAGAACACAACAAUAUCUAAACCUUUUUUCCUCUAUUUCACUCAAAUGUACUCUUUUAUUUCAGUACUCUAUUAAUGUGGGAUCUGGGGUUUUUUAUUAAUACUGAUCAUGUACUGUGUGCGUGUGCGUGUGCGUGCGUGUGCGUGUGCGUGUGCGUGCGCGUGGGUGUGAACACAGUCUGUUUUGUUGUUUGUGGGCGAAACUGCAUAAUAUAAUCAGGUUGUAAUGUCAAAAAAACACCAGGAACACGACCAAUCGUAAUCGGAUGAUCUCGUGUAAGUAACGUCAGUUUGAAGGCGAAGCGGCGACGUGUUUAACGUGAUCAUUUCGGGCUGGACUUUGAGUCACGAACAUUUACACGUUUCUGCGCUGUUUUUGUUUCCCUUCUAUACUUUUUGUUUAUUCCAUGGAACAGAAUGCUGGUAAAAUGUCGAAUGAGAAGGUGGAGCAGCUCUUGGCCACACCUCUUUAUUAACCACGCCCCCUUUUCCUUUACUCAAUUGUCUCUUGAACAUGAGAACAAAAAAUUAGACGCACUUGAAGAUGUUCUUACACUCCUGGAUCUCCAAAAUCCAUUCUGAUUUCUCUCCAGAGAUCACUCCAACAUCUGCCCCGUGAUUCUAUAUUUCUUUUAAUGGACAUUGAGAUCUUUUCCUGAUCCUGCAUUUUUCUGAACCAACAUGAACAUCUGCCCUCUGAUCCUCCAUUUAUUUCUUUUAGAAAUACUAGUUCCUGUUGAAGAAGCUGCUCUGAGAACACACCUUUUUCACGGCAGAACAAACGUGGAGAUGCCGAGCGAUCAACAAACGGACUUAAUAACCUGGAAGUGCUUCAUGUUGAUGCCACCAGAGCUCAAAUCGAGUCACGUCUUAUGGGGUUCCCAGUUGUUGUGUAAUUCAUAUAUUUUGUAGUAAAAUAAUCUUGGAGACCCCCCAAGUCUAUUUUUUACUUGUCAUGGGGGUCCCUAAUGCCUUAUGGGGUCCCGGAUCCCCACAGCCCCCCUCAGUUCGAGCACUGGUUGCCAUGGAAACCCCAUCAGUGGUGCAGUCUGUACAUUAGUGAAGUUUGAUAUGAAUUGAAGGUUAUUAGUUUACUUGCUGUCAUUGUUACCUGAUCAUCAGUUUGUUUAUUUUUCCGUGCUGAAGAACAACCCGGUGUGUUUCUGUCUCACGUCUCAAAUCUUCUGUAAUUUUAUGAAAACCGGAGUGAACGUGUAGAUUUAUUUGUUGUUAUAUUUUUUCUCUCUAAAAUUGUGUGUGUGUGUGUGUGUGUGUGUGUGUGUGUGAGAGGACUUAUUUAUAGAUUCAGAAAUGAAGAAAAUCGCCGAGAUGCUGACAUGA